AUGGUUAAGACAGCCUCAGAUUGCUCGUCCUCGUCCAACGUUGUUGAGCCCAAGUACAAGGGCGUGAGGUUGAGGAAAUGGGGGAAAUACGUGUCAGAAAUACGCCUCCCCAACUGCCGCGACCGCAUAUGGCUCGGCUCGUACGACUCGGCCGAGAAGGCUGCCCGGGCCUUUGACGCGGCCCUCUUCUGCCUCCGAGGGCCCGGUGCCAAGUUCAACUUCCCUGAGGACCCACCGGAAAUCCCGGGCCGCCAGGGUUUGAGCCCGACUGAGAUACAGGCUGUGGCCCAGCACUAUGGUAAUAACUAUGCUGGCCCGGGGAAUAAUGAUCAGAGGCAGAUGGGCCGGACUGGAGGGGAGGCCAACCAGUUCCAGGCCGGGCCAAUGAACUCGAUCGACUGGUCGUUCUUGGAUGUGCUGGACACGAAUGAAGGACACGUCUCGGAUUUCACUCAAUUUCACGAGCCAAGUGAUAUGUACAUGCCACCACCACAUUUUCCAGAUAGCGUUGAUGAUGGGGACAAUGGCGACGAGGAUGGGAAUGGUGGUAAUAUGCAGUCUUUCCUCUGGAACUUCUGA